GACCACAACCUCUCUGACCCUCAGUCAUGACAUCACCUGAGUCCCCCGUCCCCUCCCCUUCCCCCUGUCCGCCUCCCCCUUCCUCCCUCCCCUCUUCUCCCACUCCCUCCCCCCUCCCACCUCCCCCCUCGCUGACUCCCACAGGGGAGGUGAUGGUCCUGGCCCUGGGGAGGAAGAAGCAGAGGAUGCUCAUCGGUCUCUCCAUCCUGCCCAAUCUCUUCCUGGCCUUCCUUCUCUCCUCGGACGCCCUGCUUACCCUCACCUCACCCCACCACUGCCGCCUCCCGGGACCCUUGCCCGCCGCCCAGAUCCUUAACACCUCCCUGCCCUGGGAGAAGGGGGGCAGAGUGGGGGACAGCGGGGGGCUGUCUCAGUGCAAGCAGUAUAUCAACGGUACCCAGUCCGGGGUGGAAAACUGUGAAGCUGGCUGGGACUACAACGUCACAGAAGGAUUGAGGAUUAACAUUGUUACUGAGUGGGAUUUGGUGUGUGGUCAGUACUGGCUGGUUCCAGUCGAAGAGGUGUCCUUCAUCCUGGGCGUUCUGACAGGAUGCCUGGGACUGGGCUUUGCAGCUGACAGACUGGGCAGGUUGAAGACACUACUCACCUCUCUGACCCUCUCAGUGGUAUUUGGCGUGCUUGUGUGCGUCUCUACCUCCCCCCCUAUCUUUAUUGUCAUGCGCUUUUGCCUGGCUGCUGCUAGUGCUGGUGUCUACCUCACGCUUUACAUCACACGUUUAACUCGUGACCCCUCACUACGUCUGCUAUCUCUGUUCCUCACCUAUGGUAUUCCAGGGGUAUUUCCUGAGUCUCCUCGCUGGCUCCUCCUCUCUGAGAGAUCAGCUGAUCUGAAUUCCUUCAGUGAAAGAAGAGAUAGAGGGAGGGAUGACGAGAGCUUCACAGAGCUGGACUCCGAGCUAUCUCCCUCUACUCGCCCACACCUGUCCUUCCCAGAGCUCGUACACAGCAGGAACAUCUGGAAAAAUAUAUGUGUGCUCGGCUUCACCUCGUUCAUUUCCCAUGGCAUUAGUCACUGUUACAGCUCGUUCCGCGGUGAUGUCAGAGGCACUGCCCCCAGCUUCUAUUGGACCUAUCUACUCUCUGUCUGUGCGGGAGGAGGGGCCUGGCUGUUGUUAUGGGCAACCGUGAACAGGUGUGGUCGACGUGGUAUCCUGCUCCUCGCCAUGACGAUGACGGGGCUGGCAUCUCUGAUUCUCCUCGGACUGAUGGAGUAUCUAAGUGAGGCUGCCAUCACUGUGUUCUCAGUGAUGGGUCUCUUCUCCUCCCAGGCRGCUGCCUCUCUCUGUGUCCUCUUCACAGCAGAGAUCAUGCCCACCAUCAUCAGGGGCAUUGGCGUGGGCACGGUGUUGGCCCUGGGCUGUGUGGGUCGGCUCACCUCGCCGCUCAUGGACCUGCGCAACCACUAUGGCUACUUCCUUCACCAUGUGGUGUACUCCUCCCUGGCUCUGCUGGCCGUGCUCUCCAUCCUGCUUCUGCCCGAGAGCAAGAGGAAACCGCUGCCCCAGACGCUGGCCGACGGGGAGCAGUACCGACGCCCCUCGCUGGGCCGGAGGAGGAGGGACAACGUGCCCCUGCUGGCCACCCCCAACCCAGAGACCUAGCAUGUCAUAACGCCAGCCCAGAGUGUCAGCAGGUCGCGGAGAGGAACAAGAGGGUCAGCUGUCUGCUGAAAAUGGUUGUGCCGAGCCAAUGAAGGAGGGUGGUUGAAGGGACCCCCACCCCCCUCACCUUUCCCAUAAGGCCUGUGUGUCAGUAAAGGGAGCAGAUGCUUUCUGCCCAUGCUCCCGACUGCCACCAUCAGAGAGACCCUUUUGAUUUGUGUAUUAUCUGGCAGAGUAUGGCAUCACACACAGCUCACGGAGGCAGAGGCAGGAAUGUUAUGGAAACGGUCCUGUAAAUACCUACAACUUAGUUUCUUUAACUUUAUGAAUGCUAGGUUAUCUAUUUAUAAAAAACAGUAGUUUUGUUUCUGGAAGUUUUUGGAAGGGUACUUUGUAUUGUGCAAAAACAUCGUACUAAGACAAGAUGAGGGCAAUUUUGUCUACUGCUCUUAAAGGCAUCGGGGGAAAUUAUAUUAAUUGAAGAUUCUUUGAGCAAACGUUACACUUGAGGGUAGUUUGGUGAAACUUUGAACUUGCAUUAAAUAAAUACUAAUAGGCUACCUCCCCAAACCCAAGAGUCCUUACAAUCAGUUUAAUAAAAAAAGAUAGAGAAAGUAACAUUUAAAUGUACUGUAGUUCCACAGACUUGGUUGGAUGUGAUGAAAUGAUAUGAAUUCAAUUUCCAGAUGUGACUUGGAGCCAGUACUGUUUAUGGGUCAUUCAUCUUGAUCGUCUGGGCUGUCAGACCUGUCUUCCUCUGGGCUUCACUGAAGACAUAGGGAGUGUGCCUGUGCAUUCAGAGCUGAAAACCUUGGGUAGAUAGAAAUGUAUGGUAGAAAAUGGACACACAUUUAUAUAUUAUAUCAGUUCUACGCUAAAUAUUAUUGUGGGGCAAUGCCCUGAAGAGUUUGCAGCAUUGAAUUAUAGCCGUGCCCAGAAACCUGCCCAAGCCCCCACCCCUUAGGCACUGAUCUGAAAGGAUUGGCUAGGUACAAACAAUCCAUCCAGCUUAUCAGGCGGCAUGGUGAAGCUAUUACGAUAUUGCUUAUACCUUUCUGAUCCUUUCAGAUCUCCACAAGCAUCUUGGCCCUAGGCUAGGGGGGGAAGGCCUAAGGGCUGUUUCCAGACCUGGGCUAUUCUCUUUUUAGAAUACAGGAACUCACUAUAAUAGAGUGAUGGUGACGUGCAUAACAGGAACCUUGUUGCCAGGCACCUUGUUGCCAGGAUUUGGUACUGUAUGUUUAUUUGAAACAUUGAGGACCUAGCUGUUUGAUGUUUUUUUUGACAGGUUUUUGAUUGGAUCUGCUCCAGAACCUUUUCUGGGCAGAGGUGUGUGUGGGGG